CCUUACGCUGCAUACGUCGGUGAGUGGGCCCUUCUCCGCAUUAGAGGACCAGGAGCGACUAUAUACGAGAGACUAGUCUAGGACAACGUCCGCCAUGUCCCACUUGAUACACAAACCAAAUCAAAGCGAGAUAGUCCCCAGAGAUUUAGGAAAACCGUGAAUAAAAUAAGCGCUCCUCCAAAAAAAAUGAAUUUCGAUCUCCCCACAGACUUACAAGCGUACAUCUCCAAGCUCGACGUCUUCAUCAACCAGACGAUUCUGCCACUGCAGCACAGUGAUGACAACGACCGAUUCUUCGACCACCGGCGCGAGCCGUCGCGGACGCAGUGGGACAACGGCGGGCUGCCUACGCUAGAGUGGGAAGACCUGCUGAGACGAGCGCGGGAGCUUGCGGACGAGGCGGGCUUCUACCGUUUCCCGCUGCCCAGGCGGUACGGCGGGCAGGGCAACCCGUCGACGCACCUCUGGAUGUGCGCGCUGCGGUACCACAUGGCGUCGCACGGGACCUACGGCGGGGGGCUGGGCCUGGCCAACGACCUGCAGAGCGAGCACAGCGUCGUGGGCAACUUCCCGGACGUGCUCAUGCUGCACCACUGGGGCAGCGAGGAGCAGCGGGCCCGGCUCAUACCUGCGCGGCUGGCGGGGGAAUUCCUGAUGACGUUCGGGCUGUCCGAGGCGCACCACGGUAGCGACGCGACGCACAUGGACACGCGGGCGGUCGCGUGCUCGCUGGCCGGCGGCACGCCGGGCUACAGCAUCUCCGGGAACAAGAGGUGGCAGACGGGCGCGCACAGGGCGACGCACUUCCUGGUGUUCGCGCGGACGUCCGGGGCGGGCGGCUCGCGGCGCGGCAUCACGGCCUUCAUGGUGCCGCGCGGGACGCCGGGCCUGACCAUCCAGUCGUACGAGUACACGCUCAACAUGCCGACGGACCACGCGUCGAUCGCGCUCGACGACGUGCGGGUCCCGGCGUCGGCGGUGCUGGGCCCGCCCGACGACGGCCUCGCCAUCGCGCAGACCUUCACGCACGAGAACCGGAUCCGGCAGGCGGCGAGCUCGUGCGGCGCCGCGCAGUUCUGCAUCGAGCGGUCGGUGGGCUACGCGCGCGCGCGCGUCGUGUUUGGGCGGCCGCUGGCUUCCAACCAGGCUAUUCAGUGGCCGUUGGUCGAGUUGGCGACACAGGCCGAGAUGUUGCGGCUGCUCAUCCUGCGGACGGCCAACGAGAUGGACGAGAUACAGCGGCGGUACGAAGGAGACGAGUCUACUACGCCGCCGUGGGUGGCGAUCGAGGAGCUUCUAGGGCACAAGAUCAGCAUGUGCAAUUAUUAUGCGAAUCGCCUGGCUACGCAGGCAGCGGACAACGCAAUCCAGGUGCAUGGUGGCAACGGAUACAGUCGCCAUGAACCCUUUGAACAUAUCUGGCGCCAUUUUCGAAGGUAUCGCAUUACUGAGGGUAGUGAAGAGGUGCAGAUGCGUAAAGUUGCGGGUCAUUUGUUCGGCUAUAAGAAACCCAUUAAAGGCGACCCGAAAAAAAGCUGUAAAUUGUGAAGAGAAAAAAAGAGGAUCAAAUGUCGACAUGCCGCGUCGAUCACACCGGUACGUUAUCUCUCCCUGUCAACCAAUACGAAAGAAUCAUGAAUCUGUCGAGUUGUUAUAACCGUUUGAUAGUUGACGUUGAUGACUCUAUGGCGCCCUUCUCGAUAAGAUGACAAACCCUAUAAUUUUAUAUCAACAAAGAGAUCACAGAGGCGAGUUCGAUGUUGGGAUAUCUCG